UAAAAUGUUUUUUUCGUGUAAAUCUAUUUCGCAUAAAUAUUUCGUAUGGUAUGGGAAAGAAAUGGCCAGACAGUAAUUAUUUUGUGUGAGAGAAACCCGAGAGCCGUUAGAACCGGUACAAGUGGAAAGGAACCCUCUUCCCUUUCCCCUUCUCGCAGAGGGAUUCUCAUGUUUUGUGACGUGCUCGCUUCAUUCUCUGGGCAGUCUUCGUAACGUGAACAGUGAAAAACUCGUGUUAAAAAUGGAAACCACAUUUGUAGAUGAAGCAACGAUCAGCUAUGUGCAAAAUCUAGCAAAACGUGAUAUUACGAAAGAAGAGUUGACGGACGUAAUAGAAUAUCUUCGAGAUGUCCUGAUACAAUUUCCGUCCAGUCUUGUUGACAGUCGCGAGGUAUUUUACAACGUCAAUCAAAUAUGUUUUCCACCAACUGUACAUAGUCAAAAGUGUAUUUGUGUAAAAAAUUAUGCGUUCAUUACGUGCAGUUGGUACAAAAAACUAUUAUGUUUUACAUGCUUUUAUACGGCGUUCCAUCCGCAGAGUUGCGACAGCAUGACCACAUUUUAUAAUACGUAACUUUCAUUUGUGUGCCUUAUAUUUGUCUUAUG